AAAGUCAUUGUAACAGUUACUAUUAAUCUAUCUAUCUUUUCCACUUCUUCAUUCACACAAACCUCUCUCUUUCUAAUGCUUCCAAUGAAAACUUGAUCACUGUCACCAUCACCAACUACACCUUAAUUGCUUCAAACUAUCACAAUCCAUCAUUUAAUAAGCCAUAUUCUAGUCUUUUCUGCACUACCAAUUUUCCUCAUAAUUCAAUCUUUGAAUUCAUUUAGAUCUUUCAUGUUAAGCCUUGUUAAUUAGCACCAUGGAUUCUGUGAACGAGGUUGCUCUGGAGGAAGAGAAACGUGUAAUUGGUGUGACUGAUAAGAAGGACACAAACCAAGAAGAUGCAAACGUUAAUGGCGCAGAAAUCCAAAAUGUGAAUGAAGAAUCUAAGGUUGAAAGCCAUAUUUCUAAUAAUGACAUGGUUGAAUCUGAAUCCUCAAAACAUGCUAAGGAAACAAAGAGUAGAGAAAGUGUUGCUUCCAAGAAUAACAAAGUUGUCAAAGAUAAAUCCAAUUUGAAGGGACCAACUUCAACAUCUAGAAAACAAAGGCCAACACUUUCUCAGAGUUUUUCCUUCCCAGCCAAAUCAACUCGUGAAGAUUCUAUGCAGAAAAGCAUUGAUGAUUCUCUUGUUAAGACCAAAGUUAAAAAUGUUAAAGCCAAAACAAACUCUGAAGGGAAAUCAAAUGAGAAAAAAACAAACACCGAAGGUUGUAAUAAGAGGACUACUUUGUCAUCCAUACAUGGUUUGAAACAUUCUGUGUUUGGAAGGUCUAAUUCACUUGGUGCAGUCACCAAGAGUCACACAUCUGAGGCAUCCCUUGCUACUAAUCCUCAGAGAAACAUGUGUUCUGGAUUUUCAUCUAGAUUGGAAGUAAGAGCUGAAAAGAGAAAGGAGUUUUUCUCCAAGUUGGAAGAAAAAGUCCAAGCCAAGGAAGUAGAAAAAUCCAAUCAACAAGUCAGAUCAAAGGAAAACCAAGAGGCAGAGAUCAAGCAAUUGAGAAAGAGUUUGAGUUUCAAAGCCACUCCAAUGCCAAGUUUCUAUAAGGAACCACCUCCAAAACUUGAGCUAAAGAAGAUACCAACAACCCGGCCAAGAUCUCCAAAGCUUGGAAGGAACAAAGAGUCUUCUUGUUCAAGUCCACGUGGGAAUCAACAGCAGAGGGGUUCAGCCAAGGCAAAGAUCAUAAAGGGUCAUAAAGAUGUGAUUUCGAAGAAACCAGUCAUGAAAAAUCAAGAUAAAGUGAAGUGUGAAGGAAAUGAAACCGAAGGAAGCAAUGAAGAAUGCAGAAAUGACAUGGAGCAACAGUCAGAGAGAGAUCAUUCUGCAAAGGAUCAUGCAGUGUCUUUGAAUUCUACAACACCUGAGAUUGUAUCGUAUGAGGGUACUGUUGAAGUGUAGAAAGAAUCAUAUAUUUUUGUUGUGAAUAUAGAGAUUCGUUUCAUCAUAAACGUGUAUUACUAUUACAAGCAAGUAAAAGUUGUUUUCUAAACUUUGUGUUGUCUAUUAAAAUGAAUUUUUAAUUCAUU